GACAAAGCCGAUCCCGUCUCCGCCUCAAGUACCUCUCUAUACUAGCUUAAUUGUUGGUUGCCGCUCUUUAAUCUCUCCUCUUCCCCUCCUAUCCCUUCCCCUUACUCUUUCUACCCUUUCGAUUCCAGUGUACACUACUUCAUUUCCGCCCACGUUGGUGCCUCGGUCGCCGAGGCACAAUAUUUUUGUCUUGUUCGUCGAUCGUUGGUUGGCAUUCUCGAGCCCGGAUUCUCCACAUCGUCGCGUUGGAACCUAGUGUUUCUCGACGUCGACUUAUCCAAGACAAAAAGCGAGACAAAGACAAACACGUACUACUUCACGUCGUACAAGCACCAUUCACUGCGAAAAACCGUCGUCGACCAUCUUAACUGUUGUUGCCCGGUUGGGUGGUCGGUUGUGUGCUGCCUCUCAACACCGGAAACGUGCCGACGAUAUCCUCUCCGGCCAAGAGAGAGAAGCUGUCUGGGCCUGGACGUCACUGGCGACAUAUUCAAACGACAACUGACGUUGUACCACCAGAGGCACCUGGGUAACUGCCCACCAUGUCCCAUUCACUGCUGGCUAGUAAUAUGGACAUGGGAUCCAUGACAACCACGGGCAAGCAGCCAUCCGUCUUUGACGAUCCCUCUCAUAAUGUUCUCUUCGAUAGUUUAAGCUGGUUGGAUGAGGAUGACGACCUGAAUCUUCGUCUAACACUCGACGAUUACCAAACCGACCUAAAUGUAUCCAGACCCACGACGACAACCGGUCCUCCUUCGCUGUUCCGCCGUCGCCUGUCUGUUAACAAGUUAUCGUUCAGCCGCUCAUCCACCUCUAGCCGCCCAGGCACUAAAGACUCCUCGGCAGAGCAAGCUCCCAUGACAACUCACUCUCGCCGGAAAUCUAGAGCCCUUUCUCUCAUCACCCCAAAGCAUAAUCCACAGACAUCUGUUGCGUCGAUUGACCUGGCUGCCGCCCAUUAUCAGGAUCCUGAGGCGCGUCACAAGAUUCGUGCGUAUUUGGCUUCGCCGCAAAAGUUUGACGAGGCGCUACAAUAUGGCUUCCCUGCGAACCAUCCAUAUCCCAUCGUCAUGCCAACAGACGCGCCGAGAAAAAGUCGAAUGCUUUCCCGAGGUCUUUUCGUAUCAAACCCGGAGAGAUUCAAGACAUUUCUCGCCGAUGAUAGCUCAUCAAUCUACAGCGAAGAAACUUCAAUUCCCGACUCCGAAUCUCCUAGAACGCCUCACACUCCCGAUAACUUGAACGGUAUCAAGCCCUUCUCUCUAUCAGGUCAGGGCUCUAACAUCCCAAGAAAAUUCUCGGAGGGUUACGGGCCAAGCCCCAAUGUUUCGCGUGAGAUGACACUGCGCAUGACAUUGACACGGCCUGAUUUACGGUCCCACCAAGACGAAUCCUACGGCAGCUCAAAUGGUGUUGCCCCACGUAGUUCUUCUUCUCAGCCACGACCCCCGAUACGACCUUUUCGAGUCGAUUCACCCAUACUGGACUCUGACAACAACGACGUCACGAAGGAGAGCAUGGAUCAAAUCUUUGCCGAUAUUGACCGGGAAUUAAGUUCGUCAUCAGAAGGAGUGGUUAAACGCUUCUGGAAUCGGAUGCGUCGAGGUUAGCCAAAAAAUAACCCCACUUGGGACGAAUCUCACAUGAAUGCACGACGAACCGGACAUUAUCAACGACACAUGAAACUUAUUUUCGGCGUGUAGAUAGAUUUCCCCCUCUCUGCCUUCAACCAUCAUAGAGCGAUCGCUCAUUCAUUUUCUGUAUUAUAUCCAAGGAGCAAUAUGUCUACCUUCUUUCCUCAUCUCAUAUCUCCUUUAA